CUAAUCCAAACAUCGACAGAAACAGCAUCAGGAAAGACACUUUAUCCAUAAGCUAUUCUUAAUACGGCACCGAUUUGAACGACAGCAUGGCUGCUCAGAAAAUAAACGAAGCUCACGAGCACAUAGCUAAUACGCCAAACUGUCCAUCUCCCUGAGGGUACCUGGAGGAGGAGGAAAGAAGAAGAAGGCUGCAGCUGCUCCACAGGGUGGCGCUAGCGGGGCGCCGGCCGCUGCAGAGGAAGAGGAUGAUUAUGAAGGAGGGCUGUGUUAGCCUUCAGUCUCCAGAGUGCCGACUCUACCCAUCUGCAGCUCCACUACUAAAACCUUCUGUGUGCAAGUUAAAAAACCUCGACAAACCCUUCCAGAUCUGAAGCACAGAUGGGUGGCUGUUGUGCAAAAAGCAAAUCAAAACCCCAACAGUUCCAGUAAUUGUUGCAGAAGAGUCGACCCAAAUUUAAAGAGCCUUUUUAAUUUGUGUUUUCUUUGAGGUGGAUCCUCAGUGUAAUGAAAAAUAACUCUUCAAUGUUCAAUAAUGUAUGAAAGCCUCCUGUCGUAUGUAAAUCUUCAAUUAUGUCUCGUCUCUGUGAAAACUGUAAAUUUUGCUGUUAUUGUUUGUGGGUAGAGUCUAAGAAUGCUUAUAUAGGUAUAUUAAAAUCAGAAACACUCUUAAAUGCUGUAUGUUUAAUGAGUCGAUCGGUGUAUAGGUGUUCAUUUGUACAGAGUUAAUUUAUUCAGUAUUCAUGGCUGCAGCCUGUUGAAAAUGUUACUGGAACAAUAUGCAAUCAGAUAGUCAGUGCAUGUGUUUGGUAUGAUGAGAUGUUGUAUCCAAAUCCAAAAAGCUUUGACUUGUGAAUAGUAAUGCUUAGAAAUGAUUGACACUAUUGUUUUCAGCAAUUUCGCACUUAUUCAAGAAAAUUGACAUAACAGUACAACUCCUAAUGAUACAGCUUGUAGACUGUUUUUUUUAUGUGUCUACCUCGAGGUGUGUGUGUUACCUUUGCACCUUCAAAAACAGAAUAGUCAUGGCUGUUUCUUAAUUUCUAACACAGCACAAUCCUUUUAAUUAAAAGCUUCCAAGAUGAAAAAAAGGGACCAUGCAGUGAUUUUUUUUUUUCAGUGUGUGUCCCCCCCCCUCCCCCCUUUGAAAAGUGAGAUUUGUGUAUUUGUGACAUAUCUUAAUGGUCAUUCUGUAAAUGUGAGAACCCCACUAUUACAACAUGCCAAUUAAAAAGUACUCUGAUACCACAGUUAGAAACAUAUCUAAGGGUUAUAAAAAGGGAUUGUUUACAUUUUUUUUUUUUAUUCGUGCUGUUGCCCACUUCUUGUAUAUUCCUCAAAAAGCAUCUCCAGA